CGUCACCAGCACACUUUCGAUUUAACGUCCAAACACGUCGUUAUACAGGUGCAAUCAUAAGACAUAUUAGCCACAUAUAUCGAACCCGUCGUCUCGUUUGGGUCUCGAAAUCAAAUCAUUAUUAUUAUUGUUACAGUAUAUUAUAUUGAUAAUAGUUAGCUGUUUACGCCGCGAAACAGUUGUGAUACAAUCGUUUUUAUAAUAAUAUAAUAUUAUAUUAUAUUAUUUAGACGGAACAUCAGCAGCGAGAACGCGUGCACCAAUCGUAGUAUUCAUCGAGUCUUAGUAUACCUACUAUACCUAUACCUACUAUGGAUUCGACCAAGUUGAACAUCGCUUUGGUUUUGUUGCAACUGACGGCGAUGUGCAUGUGCCAAAAGUUCAGUCCGGUGUACCGGGGACCGAUCACCGCGGACAGGCAGAUCGCAGUCAGCCAGCAGCAAUACGCGAACGACGCGGCCAUGCAGUCGGCCACUGCGGGUGACGUUUACCAACAAUAUCCGGAACAGCAGUACAACUACCCGACACAGCCGUAUUACUAUCCGUCACAACAAAAACAAAUCUUGGAGAAGCAGCAACAGACUAGGUUGGAGCAACAGCGGCUCCAGCUCCAGCAGUUGCAGCAGCUCCAGUCGUCCUGGGGCUACUACCAACCGGCCGCGUCGCCGCAGCAGCAAUACGGCAAUGACUACCAACAGCAAUUGCAGCAACUACAGCAGCAGCAGCAGCAGCAACCACAGCAACCACAGCAACAGCAAUCGCAGCAGCAGUAUUACCAAACCGUGGAGAAACCACUGUUCAGGCCUGCGACCAUACCGGUAAACGAGACGCCCGCCGAGGGCCCGCAGCAACAGAAACCGAACAGCUUGUACCAGCAGCAAUCAGCCAAUCAGCAAUUGCCACAAAACCCGCUGGGAGUGUACUACUCAUCGGCCGCCGACGUUUCGAAAUUUCAAUUUUCCGGAAACGGCGUUAACUAUUCGUAUUGAAUAAUAUUAUGUGGAUUUUGUUAUGCUUUUUUUUGUUUUGUUUUGUUUUUUUUUUGUCAUUAUUAUUAUUAUUUCAUUAAUACUAAUUUUAUUGUUUGUUAUAUUAUUUCCGUAAUAAAUUAAUGUUUAAACCAAA